GGAGGGGCAGAGAGAUGAUGGGCGAAGAAGCCGAGGGAGGAGUUUGGAAGCCCAUCGCUUUUCUACUCGGGUUGAGGGCAAUGUGACUGAGCGGAAGAUCUGUUAUCACUCGUGACACAACUUUUUCUUCUUCUGAUCUCUGCAAUGUGUAUCUCAUAAAACACAUAAAUUAGGAAAACUGAAGUCUUUGCUCGCCUGUUAGCUUUUCUUCCGUUCGGAAGCCAUGGAAGCAAAGGCUGGAAUGGUUGCUGGUUCACACAAACGAAACGAGUUCGUUAUGAUUCGGAACGAAGGAGAAGCUGGGCCCAAGCCCCUCAAGCAUUUGAAUGGGCAAGUGUGUCAAAUCUGUGGGGAUACUGUUGGAGUUACAGCCACGGGUGAUGUUUUUGUUGCUUGCAAUGAGUGUGCCUUCCCGGUUUGCCGGCCUUGUUAUGAGUAUGAGCGCAGAGAUGGAAACCAGUCUUGUCCACAGUGCAAGACUAGGUAUAAAAGACAUAAAGGAAGUCCUCGAGUGGAGGGAGAUGAUGAAGAAGAUGAUGUUGAUGAUCUGGAUAAUGAGUUCAAUUACUCCCAUGGAAAUGGCAAGGGAAUGAGACAGUGGCAGGGAGAUGAUGUUGACCUUUCUUCUUCCAAUAGACAUGAGUCUCAGCGCCCAAUUCCACUUCUCACCAAUGGACAGCCGGUCUCUGGAGAAAUGCCCAAUGCUACACCUGAUGAUCAAUCUGUGCGGACUACAACAUCAGGUCCUCUAGGAUCUGGUGAAAAGCGGGUUCAUUCACUUCCUUACAUUGAUCCAAGCCAGCCAGUUCCAGUUAGGAUUGUGGAUCCUUCAAAGGAUUUGAAUACUUAUGGGCUUGGGAAUGUUGACUGGAAGGAAAGGGUUGAAGGUUGGAAACUUAAACAGGAGAAGAAUAUGAUGCAAAUGACCAGCAGAUACACUGAAGGAAAGGGAGAUGUGGAAGGCACUGGUUCAAAUGGAGAAGAUUUGCAAAUUGCUGAUGAUGCUCGUCAACCUUUACACCGGACUGUGCCUAUUUCUUCUUCCCAUCUUACUCCCUAUCGCGUUGUAAUCAUUCUCCGGCUUAUUAUCCUGGGCUUCUUCUUGCAAUAUCGUGUAAGCCACCCUGUGCGUGAUGCUUAUCCAUUGUGGCUAACAUCGGUUAUUUGUGAGAUCUGGUUCGCUUUGUCUUGGCUUCUGGAUCAGUUCCCAAAAUGGUAUCCUAUCAAUCGUGAAACAUACCUUGACAGACUUGCACUGAGGUAUGAUCGAGAAGGGGAGCCUUCGCAGCUACCUCCCAUAGAUAUCUUUGUUAGUACAGUGGACCCUCUCAAGGAACCUCCUCUUAUAACAGCAAACACUGUGUUGUCCAUACUUGCCGUGGAUUACCCUGUUGACAAAGUCUCAUGUUAUGUCUCUGAUGAUGGAUCAGCAAUGUUGACUUUUGAAGCUCUCUCUGAGACUUCUGAGUUUGCAAGAAAGUGGGUGCCUUUCUGCAAGAAGCACAAUAUUGAGCCUAGGGCACCUGAAUUCUACUUUGCUCAGAAGAUAGACUACUUGAAGGACAAGAUUCAACCAUCUUUUGUAAAAGAGCGCAGGGCAAUGAAGAGGGAGUAUGAAGAAUUCAAGGUGCGAAUCAAUGCCCUUGUUGCCAAAGCACAGAAAAUGCCUGAAGAAGGUUGGACAAUGCAGGAUGGCACUCCUUGGCCUGGAAAUAACCCUAGAGAUCAUCCUGGCAUGAUCCAGGUGUUCUUAGGUCACAGUGGAGGUCUUGAUACUGAUGGGAAUGAGCUACCUCGACUUGUUUAUGUUUCCCGUGAGAAGAGACCAGGCUUCCAACAUCACAAGAAAGCUGGAGCGAUGAAUGCUUUGAUUCGAGUAUCAGCUGUCCUGACCAAUGGUGCCUAUCUUCUGAAUGUUGAUUGUGAUCACUAUUUUAAUAAUAGCAAGGCUCUUCGAGAAGCCAUGUGUUUUAUGAUGGAUCCUGUUCUUGGAAAGAAAACCUGCUAUGUUCAGUUCCCACAGCGAUUUGAUGGGAUUGAUUUGCAUGAUCGAUAUGCCAAUCGCAACAUUGUCUUCUUUGAUAUCAACUUGAAAGGGUUGGAUGGCAUCCAGGGUCCAGUCUAUGUGGGGACUGGAUGUUGUUUCAACAGGCAAGCUCUCUAUGGGUAUGAUCCUGUCUUGACUGAAGCUGACUUAGAACCUAACAUCAUUGUCAAGAGUUGUUGUGGUUCAAGAAAGAAAAGGGGUGCAAAUAAGAAAUACAUUGAUAAGAAGCGAGCAAUGAAAAGAACUGAAUCAACCAUUCCCAUUUUCAACAUGGAAGAUAUUGAAGAGGGCGUAGAAGGAUACGAUGAUGAGAAAUCACUCCUUAUGUCUCAAAAGGCCUUAGAAAAGAGAUUUGGACAGUCCCCAGUUUUUAUUGCAUCAACUUUCAUGGAACAAGGAGGCAUUCCACCAUCUACCAAUCCUGCAACUUUGCUAAAAGAAGCUAUCCAUGUCAUUAGCUGUGGUUAUGAGGACAAAUCUGAAUGGGGCAAAGAGAUUGGGUGGAUCUAUGGCUCUGUGACUGAAGAUAUCUUAACUGGGUUUAAGAUGCAUGCUCGAGGAUGGGUAUCAAUUUAUUGCAUGCCUCCACGCCCAGCGUUUAAGGGGUCUGCUCCCAUCAAUCUUUCUGAUCGUUUGAAUCAAGUUCUUCGGUGGGCCUUGGGGUCAGUUGAAAUUCUUCUGAGCAGGCAUUGCCCCAUAUGGUAUGGAUAUAAUGGGAGACUGAAGUUGUUGGAGAGACUAGCAUACAUAAACACCAUUGUUUAUCCUCUUACAUCUAUUCCACUGCUUGCCUAUUGUGUACUUCCAGCAAUUUGUCUUCUCACAGGAAAAUUUAUUAUUCCUGAGAUAAGCAACCUUGCCAGCAUGUGGUUCAUUCUGCUCUUCAUUUCUAUCUUUGCAACUGGAAUUCUGGAGCUCAGGUGGAGUGGAGUUGGGAUCGAGGACUGGUGGAGAAACGAACAGUUCUGGGUCAUUGGUGGUACAUCUGCCCAUCUCGUUGCUGUCUUCCAGGGAUUGUUGAAGGUGCUUGCUGGAAUUGAUACCAACUUCACCGUCACAUCCAAGGCAUCUGAUGAUGAUGGGGAGUUUGCAGAGCUGUAUGUGUUCAAGUGGACGUCGCUUCUGAUACCACCGACGACUGUGCUUAUUAUAAACUUUGUGGGUAUCGUGGCAGGUGUUUCAUAUGCUAUAAACAGUGGGUAUCAGUCAUGGGGGCCCCUCUUUGGCAAGCUGUUCUUUGCCAUAUGGGUUAUUCUCCAUCUCUACCCAUUCCUGAAGGGUUUGUUGGGUCGGCAAAACCGUACUCCCACAAUUGUCAUUGUCUGGUCUAUCCUCCUGGCUUCCAUUUUCUCAUUGCUGUGGGUGCGUAUUGAUCCCUUCACCUCUGAUUCCACGAAAACUGCUACUAAAGGUCAAUGUGGCAUCAACUGCUAAUUCCUAUAGAGGUCAUUUUGUCGAGGUAACCCCUUCUAUCUCCCUUUGGUACACUGUCGUGUAAAUAGCAAGCUUCUAAACCAGUAUGUGAGGGUACCAGUUAUUUAUGCUGUAUUUUCUAUCUACAAGGGAGGUUUACGGGUAACAGGCCAGCCCCUUCUGGCUUCUGCUGUUGCUACAUCUGUCCUUGCACCAAUUGUUUAUGUAGGCCCUAUUAGGUUAAAGUAAGGGCAUCAUCCAAGUAAAGAAUUCGGUUUCACAUUUUUUGUUGUGCAGUAUUUUAAUAUUUUUAUUAUUGUAGUUAUCAUUUAACUUAUACAAGCAAUUCAUGGCUGUAAUUCCUUCAUAAACAAGCUUUGAUAAGUGUUAGAAAGAUUCAAAGAC